UAUGAUUUCUGAUCUGUUUAUUAUUGCUUGGGAAGGUUUCAAUUACUUAACCUCAAUUUGUUGUUUAUUGAAAUAAUUCCUGCUGAAGGAUUCUAAACAAUCGUUUAAAAUAAUUGUAAACAUUUAAUGAUAUUUAAGAUCUGUUAUAGCGUACAAAUGGGAAAUUCUGUGACAGUAAAUCGACCUGAAAAUAAAACGUUAAAUUCAUCAGAAAGGUGUGGUACACAAGCUCAAAGAAGAUUUAGUUUUAAAAAGAUAUCCUUUUCUGACUUCACAAACUUGUCGAGAAGAUUGUCAAGUGGAUCAAAUCGCUGUAGUAUGCGUAAGCCAUUGUGCAGAGUUUCUCGUAGGAGGAGACCUGAUUCCACUCUGUCCAAUGCCAGUGACGUUUUCAAGUCGGUUUGGCCAGUGAAAGUUUGUGAGUCCCUCUUCCUGCCAGAAUUUAAAAUCAGGAAUGAUACUGAAGAUAAAUAUGAGAUUCUGGAGGAAAUUGGUAACGGAGCUUAUAGUAAAGUUUACAAAGUAAAGAUGUCUGACUCAGGGAAAGAUUACGCUAUGAAAGUAUUAUCAAAAGCUAAGGUAGUACACGAAGAUUCCAUUGAUCAAGUGAAGGAAGAGGUGUUGAUCCAGUCAACUUGUGGACAUAACCCCUUCAUUGCCACCUGUUUUGGUUACUGGCAAAGCAGGCACUUUUUGUUUAUUGUUAGCGAGUACGUAUGUGGGGGAGAAUUGUGGGUCCUGUUGAACCUCUACCGCAGCCUGCCCGAGGACUUGGUCCGCCUGUACGUUGCCGAGAUUGCUCUAGCUCUAGAUUUUCUGCACAAUGCUGGAGUUAUCUACCGAGACAUGAAAUUGGAAAAUGUGGUGUUAGAUGAGUUUGGUCAUAUACGACUCGUGGAUUUUGGUUUAUCGAAGAGGCUCAAGUACGGAACACGAACUUCCACACUUUGCGGCACACUUCAGUUUAUGGCACCGGAAGUGUUUGAGCAGAACUACGGUCAUGCGGCGGACUGGUGGAGUCUAGGUGUGGUGGCUUGUCUCUUACUCACUGGUCAGGUUGGUACUGUUCUCUUUAAUCGGAAAGGUGAUGGAUUAGAUCAUUUCUAAGCCAUAGGGCAUAAGUCUUCCAAAUUUCAAAUCAAUGUUCCAAUCCUAUUGCUCUGCGCUAUGGGGUCUUCCAAGGCUCAGUACU